AUGUCGUUUUUCGCGGAUUGCUCCGUUGUCUUUUGUUCACAAUUCUUCUUCUUCGGUAUGGGUUGGAUGUUCUUCAUGAGGAGACUAUUUAGAAACUAUGAAGUACACCACACGGCCGUUCAGCUGGUCUUCUCGUUAACUUUCGCUCUCUCGUGCACCAUGUUUGAGCUCGUAAUUUUCGAGAUUCUUGGUAUUCUGGACAAGAGUUCAAGAUUCUUUCACUGGAAACUCGGGCUUUACUCCAUGUUAUUUACCUUAAUUUUUCUCCUGCCCUUCUACAUAUCUUAUUUCCUAGUAAGGACGAUUCGAUUUGUCCACAGGAGGAGAAUUGUGGUUCUACUCGCGGGUACGUUUUGGCUUGCCUUUUUGUACAUGUUUUGGAAAAUUGGAAAUCCGUUCCCAAUUUUAAGUUCUAAGCACGGAAUAUUCUCGAUCGAGCAGGGAAUCAGCCGAGUGGGGGUGAUCGGGGUCACUAUGAUGGCCAUAUUGUCUGGAUUUGGUGCAGUUAAUUGCCCUUACACCUACAUGACCUACUUCAUGAGACACGUGACCGAUGCGGAUAUUCAAAAUCUAGAGAGAAGACAGUUCCAAACAAUGGAUAUAAUUCUCAGUAAGAAAAAAAGGAUAGCUCUGGCAAAGAGGGAAAGCCAGCGUUUUGCUGCAUCCACACAGCAAAAGACAGGUAUGGUGCUUUUAUAUCAGAGUUAACCCACCCCUCCCCCCUCCUCCUCAGUCAGAUGGAUGCAUGUUUUUGUUGAAUGGGAAGGGUGAAGGCAGAGAAUUGCUCUGAGAAAGGCAUCUAGCAAUGUAGUAUACAGUUCAAAAAUAUCUCAGGUGUUGAGAGGUAAUCUAUACAAUCUUUAGAAAUAUUAGAUCAGUCAGGGAUCAAACAAGCUAAUUUAAUGUGCCUUGUUACCUUGCCAUUUCUUAAAUAAUGCUCUGAGGGUUGUGACAUAUAUAGCAGGAUAAAUUUGAACUGUUCUUUUUUUUUUAAGAAUUUCCAAACAGUUUACUGUACCUGUGUAAAUAUUACUGGAAGACCAAAGGAUUAUUGUCCUGUGUUUCGCAUUAUUUUUUAUCAGGAAUUUGGAGCAUGUUCAGCAGUAUGACAGGGAGUGGUGGCCCGGACACCAGUUAUCUCCAAAAAGAAGUAGAUGCUCUGGAAGAACUUAGUCGACAAUUGUUCCUGGAAAUUGUGGAUCUGCAUAAUACCAAAGAGAGAAUGGAAUUAUCAAAGACAUUGCAAGGAAAAUACUUUGACUUAGUUGGGCAUAUAUUCUCUGGGUAUUGUAUUUGGAAGAUUUUCAUCUCAACAGUAAACAUUGUGUUUGAUCGUGUUGGCAAGACUGAUCCUGUCACGCGUGGUAUUGAAAUAACUGUCAAUUAUCUUGGAUGGAAAUUUGAUGUGUUAUUCUGGUCACAGCAUAUCUCAUUCUUCUUGAUUGGAAUCUUAAUUGUGACAUCAAUAAGAGGUCUCCUCAUAACACUGACAAAGUUUUUCAAUGCAAUGGCGAGUAGUAAAUCUUCCAAUAUUAUUGUUCUCUUUUUGGCUGAAAUCAUGGGUAUGUACUUUGUUUCAUCUGUCUUGUUAAUGAGGAUGAACAUGCCUGGUAAAUACCGGGAGAUUAUUACAGAAGUACUUGGUGAACUUCAAUUUAAUUUUUAUCAUCGUUGGUUUGAUGUGAUUUUCCUCAUAAGUGCUCUUUCAAGUAUUGGAUUUCUCUACCUUGCCCAUAAACAAGCUCCUGAAAAACAUAUGUAUGAUAAUUCCUUUUAG